UUCAACUUACCUGUUGAGCUGUCGUAUCAAAUAUCACGUUUUGAACUGAUUCACCUAACACUAUCUAGGCAACAACUCAAAACACAUAUCAGUAUUUAAGGAAAAAAUCGACAGAUACUGCGAAGACGCUGGCGAUCCGUAAGUAUAUGACUAGACAGUUACAGCUAUUCUGAAAUCCUCAAGAAUUCCCCAAAAUGAAGACUGGUCUAGCAUUUCUUUUGCUGGUCUCUAUGAGCACCCUUUCAGUGGAGGCGCUGCAGUGCUACGUCUGUAGCUCCACUAUGAGCAACACGCAAUGUAACCAGAGCCCACAGAACUGUACCACGGGAGACACCUGCAUGACUACCGUCACCAACGUCCUGGGGCUGCACUACAUCACGAAGGAGUGCUCCACCGCCGGUACGUGCGCCAGCGCCGCGGCCACCAACGUCAACCUUGUGAUCGGCGGCAAGCAAGUCACCUGCUGCUCCACUAAUCUCUGUAACGUCAGCGGCUUCGAGCUGACGAGGCUCAACCUCCUGCUUCUGGGGCUGCCCUCCGUUUUGCUUAUGCUGGUCACCACGGGGGCAGCGUGAAAGCACCAGCGGAGAUUGCUGGUCGACAGCGGCGGUGUCUUGCUCGCCCACGAAUCGCUGCCGUCUUGUUAGAAGGGUUCUGUUUUCCCCAUUAUAAAAGCCCUUUGAAUGCCUCAUCUCAUUUUGACUUGAAAAUCUGGUCACUUUAUUUACCGGCCGAUCAGAAUACCACUGGACGUGUGGACGGGGACGUGCUCUCAAAAGAUAUGAGAGUGGUAAUAACUCACUGGCGUUUAAAUCCCCUUUUUAUUUGAAAUAUCAUUUUUAUGGGUUAAAUACUACAGAAACUGUCAUCAAGAAAAAAAAAUCAUGUGUAUCACGUAAUUUCGAACAAAUUAUCUCGUUCUAAUGAGAUAUUACUUGGUGGUGUAAUUACGAGAUACAGAUCAUCAUCUGCGUGUGUGAACAACCUGUUGCACUGUGCAAUUGACAGCACCCAGAAGCGACCGAGAGCUCAGCUGAGACUGAGGGCUUAGUAUUCCGCUCAGCUGCAAAAUGUGCACAGAGUGACGGUCCACAAGGGUUUAGUCACAAUUAAAUGUUACAAUAUUCAGUUUUAUCAAUUAUUAACAUAAAGAAACCAAAACUUAUCCUUAAACAACAAAGUGCACCGUGCAAUCGCUCAAAAAUGAAAGCCAACUAGGGAUAAUGUAGAUAUUUUGUGAAAAUUAUGCUAUAGCGUGAUUAUCACAUUGAGUACGCGGUAAUGUACCAUCUCGUAAUUAUGAGAUAAUGUUCACGCAAUUACGAGAUACACAUUAAUUUUUUUCCUUGAUGGCAGCGAGGCGCGUCCGUAAUACAUCUACACUAUACUAAGAUUUAAUUAAUACUGCAAUACUCUUUCAAACUACUGUAUUCUGAUAUAUUACAUCAUUGAGCACCAUUCCAUUUUUAAUUUACACAAGAAAUUUCCUGAUGCAUGACACUAACUAAAAAUAAAAAUACAACCUUGCACAUUAAAAUGUUGGAGAAAGUCCAAAAUAGAUUAUUUCUUUAAAAAUAAACAGGGGAACUGCUUCUCAUUGUGGUAGAUGAAUGCAUAAUUCCAUAAAAUUAUUUUAUAUCUGUCUGGCCUUGAUUAUACAAGUCGCUGUGGUGACAUACAGAUAAUAAUUAUACCGGUAUCCAUCUCCAUUUGUCACUCUGUAGUUUUGCGUUUACUCUGUGCUCACGGUCUUCAUUUUCAAUUAAGGGUCAAUUGUUUUCAGUUGAAAUAGUUGUAUUAUUAAUAACCAUCAUCAUUGUUAUUUUUAGCUGACAUCAUUUUCAAUAAAAUCAACAAGGAAAUUCUUCAUGUAAACAUGGGUGCAAAUAAAACGGAACAAUAAAAGUCACUGAAUAUUAAAGUAUGCUGUUAAGAACUUUCUGACUUCCUAAGAAAUGUGCCAAUAAGAUAUUUAUUACCAUUAAAAAAUAUGGUAUGUUGUGUUUGAUGACAUUUGAUCAUUUCCAUUUGAUUUUUCAAUGGCUUUUCACUAAAUAUAAAAUUAAACCUAAAAGAUUAGCAAUAAUAAAUAUCUCAUUUCACCUACAUCUGUAAGGUUUUCAUUUCACAAAUGUAUUUGUGUAACUGUUAACAUCGUGCUGAUAUUUAUUUAAAGUAUUGGGAAAGCAAAUCAGUUUGGAGUUUUAUGAAAUCUCUUGUAAGACUGAACGAUCUCCUAUGAUUUUAUUCCUUUGAGUCUUUAAAUAUAUCAAUAUUAUGUCCCAGAACAAUAUACAAAUUGCUAGGCAGCAGUAAAGUUUCGUAUGAACAAUUUCGUACAAUAGCAGUGUACAAAAAGACAGCGAUUUAUGUUUUAAUCGGUUGGGUGUGUAUAUAAUAUACUGAACAAAACACAAUAAGAAAAAAACAGGCUCGGUAACUUCUUGUCCAACACAAUCAUAAAAAAGUUAACACCUA